GCACAAAGUAUAAGGAUUUUGGUACCAAAAUUUGCCUAUGUUGCAUCUUGGCAAAGAGGGCAACACCACUCCCAUCCUUUUGAGUAUGCUACAUUGCUACUCCCUCCGUUUGCAAAAAAGGUUCCUUACUUUGACAUGGAGCCAAAAUAAGGAGAUGUUAAAUUAGAGUUGACUUCCAAUUUUGCCCUGAUGUGAUGGAUAAAACUAAGAUGUGAUGGAUAAAUUAUUAGAGAAAAAGUAUGAUGUGAUAUGUAGGGUAUGAAAAAGAAAGGAUAAAAGUGGUUUUUAAUAGAAAGUGGAAGUGUUUUGUUGGAAGUAAAAAAUGAAAGAGGAAGUGUUUUGGAAAACGGAGGGAGUAUAUUUUACUCUGUAUUUAGUAUUGUAAUGGCGUUUUUCCAAAGAUUAUGCUAUUUCUUAUUUGUAUUGUAAUAUAAAUUUAAUUUAAUGAGGGUCAUCUAAUUUUUAAUAAAUGUUUUGUGUAUAUUUGACCUUUUUAUUGAGGAUAUUUUAGUAAACUUUUACUUUUUUUCAACUAUUCAAAAAAAACACAAAAGAAAACACAAAGGUUCAAGAAAGAUGUUAGGGGGAGGGAGUACGAUGGAAGGACAAGUAAAGUUGCCUAGGCAUUAAAAAAAGGAAACAUCUCCCACAAGCUACAAAACAAACAGCGGUUCCCAUAUAAUAAACCCCCUCUUUGAGACACUCAUCACUUCUUUAAACAAAAGAACCAAGUUGAUAAACCCCGAGAAAGUGUACGUGCAGUCAUGAGUGAGGAAGGUAGAAGCCCUAGCGUUUUAAUGUUCCCAUUCUUGGCUCACGGCCACAUCACUCCCUACCUGGGACUGGCCAAGAAUCUCUCCCACCGGGGUUUCCUCAUCCACCUAUGCUCCACCCCCGUCAUCCUCGCCUCCGUCAAGAACAUGAUCCCGGAGAGGUAUUCGGCUUCGAUACGCCCCGUGGAACUCCACCUGCCGCAUCUCCCGGAACUCCCUCCCCAUUACCACACCACCAACGGCCUCCCGCCCCACCUCCAGCCCACCCUCCGGAGGGCAUUGCGGUUGUCGAAGCCGAGUUUCUCUGAGAUCAUGCGCGCCCUCAAGCCCGACCUCCUCGUCCUCGACUUCCUCCAGGUCUGGGCCGAAGGGGUCGCGCAUGAUCUCCGCAUCCCCACCAUCCGGUUCUACAACGUUUGCGCCGCCACAUCCUCUUACAUUAACUUCACCACAAUAAGUGGCUCGGAAGACGCCUUUCCGUUCCCAAGCAUUCGCCUGGAUGGGCACUGGGAAACCGUCUUCCGAGCUUCCGUGAGGCACAUCAUGAUGAGCGAGAGGGGCCCGGAAGAGAGCCUCUCGAAGCCACAAAUGGUUUUGAUCAGUAGCUCAACGGAAAUGGAGCCCGAGUACAUACAAUACUACUCCAAGAUUAUCGGAUGCAAAGUCAUUCCGAUCGGGUUGUUAGCCCAAGACCAAACAAAGGAAUCCCCGCAAAACACAGGGGAGAUCUUGGAUUGGCUCGAGACGAAGGAGGAAGGCUCGGUCAUGUAUAUCUCAUUUGGGAGCGAGUGUUUCUUGUCCAAAGAAGAAAUCGAGGAGAUGGCCCGCGGGCUAGAGCUGGUGGUGGGGGCCGCCACCAGCAAGGUGAACUUCAUUUGGGUACUAAGGACCCCAAAUGGGAAAAACAUGGAUGUUGAAGAAUCACUCCCCAAUGGAUUUGUAGAAAAGAUGGGGGAGAGAGGAAGGAUAGUGAAAGAGUGGGCCCCACAGGUGAAGAUUCUCAGCCACCGGAGCGUGGGUGGGUUUCUGACACACUGUGGGUGGAACUCAAUAAUGGAGAGUCUCAACUUCUCCGUCCCGAUCAUCGCCAUGCCCAUCCACGUCGAUCAACCCGUGAAUGCCAGGUUUCUAGUGGAGAAGGGCCUGGCAAUCGAGGUCACGAGGGACGGAGGAGGAAAGUUUUCAAGGACGGCGAUAGCUAGGGCGGUGGAGGAGGCUUUUAGUGGGAAGAGAAGUGAGGCAUUGAAGAUGAGGGUUAAGGACAUGAGCAUUAGGUUAAAGAUGAAACAGAGUGAGGAGAUGGACAAUGCUGCACAGGAAUUGAGAAAACUUUGUGCCCAAAUAUAGAGAAAGUGUAGUUUGAUUUAAAUUAUUUACAGCCAAUUGCCAAACAAUAAUCGUACUUCCUCAAUUUUCUUCCCAUUUGAGUUUAUUGAUCGGUGUUGUUAAGGUUUUUCAAUGCACAUUAGAUAAAACAAUAUACACUACAACAAAAAAAAGUACUUUUGUCACACUUAUUUUGUUGGGCUAAUUAAGGGUGCUAAAUGAU